AUGGAGACGGACUAUUUCCGGAGUAAUAGAGCAAUAAUAAGGGAAGACGAUUCUCAUCUAAUGAAUGAUGCUCCCCCAGUGCAUGACAAUAUGAGAGGAGCCCCCGACGAAGAAAGGAAUAUGGAUCUAAAAAUGGCGACCGAUGGUCUUUAUGUGGGGCGAAUAUUUGCAAACAAAAAGGAGAUGCAUAAGAUGCUGUCCCUAUAUGCGAUGACAAGGCUGUUUAGUUUCCGGAUAAGUAAGUCAGAUCCAGGCAGAGUUAUAGCAAAUUGCAUACACAAGAACUGUGGGUGGAGAGUGUAUGCAACAACCCAUGCCAAUUUGACUAACUUGGAAAUAAAGACAUUGACAUUGAAGCACAGUUGUGAUGUUGGGGCAAGGUCGAGAUAUGGAGAGAAAGCAACCGCAAAAAUAUUGGCAGAUCUGCUGAAGGCCAAAUUCGCAAAUGGCAAGAAAGGACCAAGAGCAUGCAAGCUCCCUGAUAUUGUUUUGUCUGAAUUACACGUGACAAUUUCUUAUACGAAGGCUUGGAAUGCAAAAGAGCUUGCCAUGGAGCAAGCCAGAGGGAAUGAAGAAGACAAUUAUCGGUUUCUAUCGACAUACUUGCACCUACUGAAGUCAACGAACCCAGGGACGUUGACUACAAUGCACAACACGAUGGACAAAAAAGGGAACACAUUGUUCAACACAACAAUGAAAGGGAAGUAUAAAGGUUGCUUGGUUGCAGCUAGUGGACAAGAUGAGAAUAUGCAAAUUUUCCCCUUGGCAUUUGGAGUAGUUGAUGGGGAAAAUGAAGGAGGAUGGGUUUGGUUCUUUGAAAAUCUGAAAAAAAUUGUACCAGAUGAAGAAGGCUUAGUCUUUGUCUCUGACAGACAUGCAUCAAUAUAUGCAGGCCUACGUAGAGUGUAUCCUUUGGCACAGCAUGGGGCAUGUUCUGUUAAUUUAUUUAGAAAUGUGAAGCACAACUUUCAUUGCGAAGGUUUGGCUAUAGUGGUUUCUAAAUCUGCAAGGGCAUAUACAGUUGGCGAUUUCCAUAAUUGGUGGAGAGAAAUAGAAAACCGUAGACCUGCGUGUGCUACGUAUCUCACAGAAAUUGGACUACCACACUGGAAACUUUCUCACUUCCCCGGAGAUCGUUACAAUAUAAUGAGUAGCAAUAUCUCAGAGUCGCUGAAUGCAACAAUGCAAACUGCUGUUGAUUACCCGAUCGUGUCGAUGGUGGAGUUUAUACGAGCAAUGUUGAUGAGGUGGUUUUAUUGUAGGAGGACAGAGGCAAAUAAAACAAAAACACGAUGCACCCCGGAAAUAGAAGAAAUACUUAUAGAUCACCUGGACCAAGCGGUCGACUGUCAGGUGCUAUCAGCCAGCGAGUGGAUUUACCAAGUGAAUGAUGGACGCGGUAUUGUUUUCACGGUGGACUUGCUGAAUAAAACUUGCACUUGUCAUGUCUUUGAUGUAUUAAAGGUGCCUUGCUGUCACGCUUUAGCUGCGAGAGGAGUGCUGCAAAUUGAUAUUUACACCCUCAUUGGGGAGUUCAACCUUGUUGAGCCGUGGAGGAAAAAAUAUGCACAAAUCAUUAUGCCAGUACCAAAAGAAAGGGAUAGCGAUAUUCCAGAGGCUGUAACUGAAGAAGCUGUUAAUCCACCUCGAACAAAACGCGGUGGUGGGAGGCCGAAGAAGAAAAGAAUACCGUCACAAGAGGAAAAAGAGGAAGACACCAAGCAAGUGUGGAAGAUGUUUUGGGGUGGGAUACAACAGGAAAACCUGCUCGCAGUUGAUUUGAAGGAAAGAGGCUACUUAACUAUUUUGCAUGUGCCUUCCAUGAAUCCUCGGUAG